CCUCUGCACUGCUGUCGUUAUUGAUCGUGUUUAUUGAUGCGUGAUGUGACGUGUUUAUCGAUUUUAAAUCUGCUGUGUCUGUUUCCUCUCAGCCUCAUUUCUGUGCAGCUCCGCGUUUGUUGUUUAUGUUUAAAACUUUGCUCCUAUUUAUUUAUUUGUUUGUUUGUUUGUUUGUUUGUUUGUUUUUACAAAGCACAGCAUUUCAGCUUCCAGUAGAGCUUCUAAAUUGGAUUUUUUAUACAGCUGUAAUUUCUCCUGUUGUUUUAUUCCACUCCAGCUUUGUUUUGUUUAUUUUUCCUUAAAUUCAUGCUGGUGUUUAUAUUCAUUAUAUUAUUAUUUUUAAACGGUUUCUCCAGCCUGUAGCACGUUAUUUUUGAACUCUUGCUUCAGUGAUUUUUUUUUCAUUAGUUAAACCUGUUUGUUGCAGCUUUUUAUUUAGCACGAUAUUUUAGUUGGAUUCGGAUUUUUGUAUUUUUUUUUAUUGUUCUGAUCCCCACUUUUUUCGAUUCUAUUUUGUUUUCUUUUCUAGCCCUUAAGGGUUUGCGAUUGUGAGAGUGGAUGAUGAGUGUGCCGGUUCCUGCGGGUCUACAGGACCUGCUGAAGGGCUUCACGGUGCAGGUUCUGAAGCGGCAGCCGGAGAACCUUCUGGACUUCGCCGUGGUGUAUUUCACUGAGCUGAGAGACCGGCGUGAGGAGAACCCGAGUGCAGGGACGGAGGGCAGAUGUGGCCUGAGGAGAGGAGAAGAGUCUGAUGGAGAUGGCAGAGAACACAUGAUCACAAGUGAUGAAGUGGAGGAGGAGGAGGAGGAAGAGGACUUUCCCGAUGAUUUCAUGUUUAAACCUCCGCCUACCAGCAAGCACAGCCGCAGAGUAGCAGUGUGUGCUGAGUCCUACAACCCAGACGAGGAUGACGAUGAUGACUCUGAGCCGAAGAUCGUUCACCCCAAAACUGCUGAGCAGCGCUCCAGACUACAGGAAGCCUGCAAGGACAUACUGCUGUUCAAAACUCUGGAAAAGGAGCAGUUCUCCCAGGUGUUGGACGCCAUGUUUGAGGUGCUGGUGAAGCCGAACGAGCACAUCAUACACCAGGGAGACAAUGGAGACAAUUUCUACGUCAUCGAGAGAGGAAUGUAUGAUAUCGAGGUGCAGAAGGACGGUGUGAGUCGCUGUGUGGGGAAAUACGAUAAUAAGGGCAGUUUCGGUGAGUUGGCGCUCAUGUACAACACUCCACGUGCUGCAACCAUCAUCGCCGUCCAGCCGGGGGCGCUGUGGGCUCUGGACAGGGAGACGUUUCACAGGUUGAUUGUGAAAAAUAACGCCAAGAAGAGGAAAACGUAUGAGGCCUUCAUCGAGUGUGUGCCUCUUCUGAAAUCUCUGGAGAUAUCGGAGCGGAUGAAGAUGGUCGAUGUUUUAGGAGCGAAAGCCUUCAAAGACGGAGAACAGAUCAUCAAACAGGGUGAUGCGGCUGAUUGUUUCUACAUCGUGGAGUCUGGCGUAGUGAAGAUCAUGAUCAAGAGAAAAGCUAAAGCAGGUCGUCUGAGGAGCGAGGAUGAGGUCGAGGACGAGGAGGCGGAGGUGGAGGUGGAGGUCUCCCGCUGUGUUCGGGGUCAGUACUUUGGAGAACUGGCACUCGUCACUAACAAACCUCGAGCUGCGUCCGUUUACGCCGUGGGAGAAACUAAGUGUUUAGUGAUCGACGUCCAGGCGUUCGAGCGUCUGCUGGGUCCCUGUAAGGAGAUCAUGAAGAGGAACAUCGCUUUGUACCAGGAGCAGUUGGUGGCUCUGUUCGGCUCCGGCGAGGAUCCGAAACACGGCGCAACUUCGUCUGCGUUCUGAUGUUUAUCCUCCGGCCUUCUCCACUCGCCCGUAGUUAAAUCCGCACGGCCGCAUUAAAGAGCCGUUCCUUUCCUCAAUUUGACGUUCUUUGGAAAACUGCGAGACGAAGGGUCAUGUCGAGUUCAUGGUAGACCUUAGGAACACAAAUUUCCCAGAAAGCAUUGCAAUUAGACAGCGUGACGAAGCUAAUAUACUGCACGUAGAGCUGUGAAAGUGGUUUAUUACUCCAAGUGUAAACAAGCAAUUAAAUACCCAGUAUUUCAGAACUAUAACGGUGGACUGUCAUUCAUUUCUUGUAUCCAAGAUAACAUCCUUAAUAUUAGACACAAAUCCGUGUGUUUGCCGUACAAUUACAGCUGAAGUAACUCCAAAGGUUCUUCUGAAGUACUCUGGAGUGUUGCGUAAUGUGUGGAUGAGUUCAUCGAGUUCCUCAAGUUCCUCCACUUCCCUCAGAGAGACACCAGCAAAAAAAAGCAGCUGCCCACUUAUUGCCCCCCCCAAAUCUCUGUCAGUCCCUCCCACUUCCCCAUCUGUGACCCUUCAGCAUUGAUGUCCUGGAGCUCUGCCAGGGUUUUGACCCGAGUACCUCUACACCCAGAGGCAUGGCUCAACCAGCUGAGCCACAGAGUCUCACUGACACAACCACUUUUAUCACUUUCACUUCCAUCUUAACCAUGUCAAAAUAAAGCACAGAUUUGAACCGGUGAUCCCCGACACCAAACACCAUCACACACUAACCACCGCACGAUGGAGGAACUGUAACAGCACCUGUUUAUCGGACUUUUGUCUUGAGCUUAGAGCCCAAAGCCACGUUUUGAGGAACAGCGAUGUUCACUGCUUCUUUCCUCAAUUCUGAGUUACAGGUGAAGAUGCCAGACCGACA